UUACAGCGUAGACUAUUGAUAUUCGAUAAACACGUAACUUUGAAGAGAGUACAGAAAAUGGGACUAUUUGAUCGUUUAGCAAAUCUUUUAGGUUUUAAGAAAAAAGAAGUAAACGUUUUAGUAGUGGGCCUUAACAAUAGUGGUAAGUCGACGGUCAUAAAUAAUUUCAAACGCGAGGAUGACCGUUGCAUAGACAUAGUACCUACUGUUGGGUAUAAUGUUGAAAAAUUUUCAUUUAAAAAUGUUAGUUUCACAGCAUUCGAUAUGUCAGGCCAUGACCGUCAUAGAUUAUUAUGGGAACAUUAUUAUAAAGAUUGCCAUGGUAUUAUUUUUAUAAUUGAUAGUAGUGACAAAUUACGAUUGGUUGUUGUUAAAGAAGAAUUAGAUAUGCUUCUUCAACAUCCAGAUAUAGCUGGUCGUAAAAUACCGAUUCUCUUUUUGGCUAAUAAAAUGGAUUUGCCUGAUUCUCUAACCACUGUUAAACUUGUUGCUGGGCUUGGUCUUGAUCGUAUACAGAAUAAACCUUGGCAUAUACGAGCAACAAAUGCAAUUACUGGAGAAGGCUUACAAUUAGGCAUAGAAUGGCUUACAGAUCAAAUUCGUGACAUAUAUAUUAAUAAAAGAUAAAAAUAAAUUUAUAUAUCAUAAUAUUGUUGUUCAUGAAAGUUAACCAAACAAAAAGCAAUCGAUUAUAGUAUUUAAAAUUGAACAUUUUUAAAUCCACAUAAAUAGUACUUAUAUAUGUAUUUUACUUCGAUUUCGUUCUCAUUUAAUGAAA